AUGGCUUCUUCCGAUACAGAUGUUCCUGAUUACAUGCGAGACAGAGGGAAGUGGUAUGGAGAUGCUGCCGAUUACUGGAAAGUAAGAAAUGAGUCUCUUUCUGUCAGAUUCCUUUAUUGAUGAGCAUUUUUAUAUCAUGCUUUAUAUUUAAGCGUACUGGCUUCCAUCUUUUGUGUAGAAAUCGAGGGAUCAGCCAGUGUCAUCGUGGCAUUUUACCUCCUCGUGUUGAAGGAACUGUGUCACGAAAUUUAUCAAAAUAUAUUAAUGGGAAUUGCCGCCAAUUCAAAUUGGAUGAAAAAUUAAAUAAAAGUAAGCUGAACUGCUCAAAACGUUAAAAUAAGGUAUAAUACAGUAAGCUUAAAUUCAGAAGGAUGUACUUAUGGUCAAACUUGACGGAGGUUGAAACGGAUUUACAAUAAACAUUUUCACCGUUUUCGACACCAUUUUGACGAGUAGGCAAACGUGUGAGAAAUAUUACAAAUAUUUUGUAUGAAAAUCUAAUGAGGAAUAAUUUCCGUCAAACGGCUGUUCUGAAAAAAAAUAUGACUUGUAAACUAACGCAACAAAACAAAGGAUUGUACUAAAAAAUUUGGGGGGCGUACCAUUGCUUAAAUUUCUGCCACGGCUUGCUUUAGAUUUUCCAUAUAUUUGUCUGUAAUUUUUCCCAGGACUUUCUUACAGACAAAUGUAUAGAAAAUUUAAAAAAGUGGUUCUAGGUCUUCUACCACAUUUAACGCCCUUAAUUUUUUUCAGUAGAAUCCUUAGGAGUGAAGCUUUAGUUGACGAUUCCUAUUUUUUUCAGAACAGCUGUUUUACGGAAAUUAUUUGACAUUAGAUUUUCAUACAAACACUGUAAUUUCUCACGUGUUUGCCUACUUGUCAAGAUGACAUCAAAAACCGUGACAAGGUCUAUUGUGGUUUUGAAAACUUGUUAGCCUGAAAUCACAAUUGACAUGUGAAUAUCAUAUUCACCUUCUAACAGUGUUACCUUAUUUACAAAGCUGUGAUCUAGUUCUGUAGAAAUAUUUUUCAAAUUAUAUCUCAUAAAUAUCAGAAAGUUCCAGCGACAGUUGAUGGAAUGCUAGGUGGAUAUGCUCGUAUUUCACCGACAGACAUUAGGGAUUCAAAGAAGUUCUUAAAGCCCUUUUUAGAGGUAUGUAUACUAUUAUGUAUAAAGUACCUAUGCCAUGAAUAUUUUGCAAGUUGUAAUUGAAGGUGAACUGGGAUUUCUUCUGGCAGAUACUUAGAACAGGCAUAGGUGUGAGUCAAUUCAUUUUAAAAUUGAGCCUGGUUGUACAUGUACACGUACAUGUAAUAUUCAUUGUUUUGAUUAAACACUGCUAGUUAUCAUUCUCUGCCACUUAUAAGCUCAUCAGGCCCAACUACCUGUAAACAAAAAAACACUUCUCAUGGAUUAUAAGCCCCCCUCUAGCUUGUAUUGAAAUGAACUUGAUUAGAAAUGUAAAACUUCAAAGUGUCUAACUUCUCCUUAUCUGUUUAGAACCAUGCUGGGUUUUUUUGAGCUGUCCAGUCAGAAGCACUGAAUUUUUUUGCCCAAAUAUGGAAUCAUAGAACUGAAGGUUUCUCCAUCAAAAAAGUUACUAAUGAUGAAUUCUUUAAGUCAUUAACAGUUCUACAAGUACAUCCACAACUCAAAAGUGCACAAAGCCGUUUAAAUCGUUAAAUAACAUAAUCAACAGACAAAAAACCUUUAUUGCUGCGGAGCGACCAAAGGGAGCGAGCAGCAACAUAAUCAGGAUUUAAAGGAAAUAUAUAUAAGGGGCGACGAAUUCUCGAAUUCAUCACUUUUUACCACAAUGCAUUGCAUUUAACCACACUUUUUACCACAAUACAUUGCAUUUCACCAGAGUGCAUUGCGCCACGAACAACUCAAAUGAAAACACGGGGAAGUUCGGUUGGUGAGAGAGUGCAUCGUUCGCUGCUCAGACUUAGAGUUUUCUUUGUGGAAAAUUUUCUACAGCACGGUUAGAGGUCUUACCAAAUUUUAAGACAUGCAGGAGUCUUUCAGAUGAGUACGAUGGUUAACUUGGGGAUUGGAUUUCAAUUCAAGAGCCUUUGACUCAUCCAGGUGUUAAACCUGACGAGAAGAUGAGCAUUUGCUCUUCGACUCCGCAACACCGGGGAUAUACAAAUUCUAGCUUGCUAGAAGGUGAUGUUAAAGUGAGAAAAUGUCAUGCAAUGCUAUUCUUAAGAAACUGUAUGAGCCGAAAAUGGAUGUGAUUUUGACCAUUCGCUUCAAAAUAACAGCAGAAAUCGAGAUAACAAAACAUAUGUUUUGUGUCCUACUUUGCAGACGAGAACGUGUAUCGGCGUUUUGAAAAGCAUAAUUAUGUUCUUUCAUUCAUUUAUUGCCAUGGAAUAUGCGUUUACAUUGUUUUUUCACUGUUAAUAGCUCGGUUAAUGCGGCUAGCGAUCAUCUUGCCGGCGGAAGUUUCAUGGAAAAGGAAUAAAACGAAAGACUUUUCCUAACGAUUUUGCAAUCAGCCUCUGUGGUGUAGUGGUUAGGUGUAGUCGCAUCGAGUCGAAGGUGCUGGGUUCGAGUCGUACCGGAUUAUUAUUUCCUACUUUCUUUCUUUUUUCCGUUUUUUGUGUUGUUGUUUUCUAUAAAUAUAUAGCUAAAUAACUGUUACUUAAUAAAGUGUAACAAACAGCAAGAAAAGUAUUGUGUUUCCAGAGAAAAUAUCGUGCACCGCAUAUUAAAUAUAUGGAUAAACAAUCUGAAUUUCUAUUAUUUCCUACAAUUUACUGUGGGAAAACCAGAGUUGAUAACCACUUGAUCAUUUUCUAAACAACGUUCCCACAAGUUCUUUCUACAGACUGAUAGUAAUAAUUAUUCUAGUACUUUCCAACAUGUAAAUAGGACAUUCAAUGUCAUUUUUGAUUCUUUUAUUAAGUCUCACUGCCUAACUAAUGCCAGUAUCAACAGAAUGUGCCGCAGCAUUACUAUCUUUUAGAUACCCUAGUAUUUACAGGUAGUGGGGCCAACGCUAGUGUUGUCAUUUGUGCGCGCUAAGCUGCACUGUUGCGUGUAUGAAUAAUUUUCCUUGUGGAUACUUUCCGUAAAAAGUAGUAGUUUUCCUUUCCAGUGUUCAUUGCAAAACAUGCUAUAUGCUUCUCUGAACGGACUUUGUGCAAUGCUCUUAACAUUAAGAUAGCAAGCUUUGGAAACACAUAAAAAAAAAAGGUUGUGUGAUGUUGACGCAUACUCUUUUGAGCACCCACUAUUGGCUUUCAUCACCAAGUUAUGACGGACCCAUAGGAUGUUUAUCAUGAUUAGUUGACCUUAUUUUGUCCAGAAUAAGCCAACCAUGGCCAUUUUGAUUUCCAAGUUUGGUCUAAUUUUACUUGGUAAAACUGUAAUUUCUCUUUGUAGUUCUUCGUUAACAUCAUGAUACAAAGUUUUCAUAACACUAGCGGACAGGCUCGCAUAUCAGUGAUUCCAUAUUAGGAAGUAAAUUUUGAUUGGUUUUUCAAGAAACCCCAGCCUUGGAACAGAGUUAUAAGCUUUAGGGUUAAAUGCUUCUGAUUUGAGUAAUUAUGAAGUUUUGAAGCUUACUGGUAAUCAAAAACUAGUAAAUGCAAAACAUAUUUUGAUCAGCACUGCUGUAGCUUGUUUUGAAACAUUUUUUCUUCUAUUCCUUUUAUAAGCUUUUGGAUAUAAGUCAUCAUAUUAAAAACCACUCACAAAGAUGUAUAAGCCCAAGACUUAUAAAUGGCAGUUUUUCUCUACGUGCACUAUCUACAUACAUGUAAGAUGAUUGAAAGCAUGUACAUCAACCUAUUGGAAUGUAAGAUUUGCAAUAGUAGAGCAAAAAAUGUCACAGUACAAAUGUAAGUUGUUGUUAUUAACUUUUACGUAGCUGCCAGAUAUACAGGAUGAGAAGCCUGCAAAACUCAGACGUGUUGAGUCAUCCUCACCUGUCAAAAACUCCACUUUUGAAAAAAUUAAACCAUCUGUCGCACUUGGUAAGUAACGACAAGCCAUACACAGCCAGCCAUACACUGUAAUGGGGCAUGGUAUUUUUUCUAGGGGCCAGCUGGCCACAGUGAAAUCCCCUGGAUUCCCCAGACACCCACCAUCUGUCGCACUUGAUGAGUCACGGCCAGCCAUGUGAAGCUAGCCAUGGGGUGUGGUAUUCUAUCUGCCCAUUAGGGGCUGGUUGGCCACAGUGAAAUCCCCUGGAUUCCCCAGACACCCACCAUCUGUCGCACUUGACGAGUCGUGGCUAACGUCCGGUGACCUCUGACUAUUUUUAAUUCAGUCUCUUUCAGAAUAUUCUCCUGUAACAUUACACCUUUCUUCUGCCACUGGAAUUCAUAAUGAAAACCCUGACUUGAACAAGUGCUUAAUUGUGAAGUGAAGUUUUCUUUAUCAUUAGUCAGAUCUUAUUUAAUCUCGUCUGCAGCCAAAAGAUUCAAUUGCAGGAGAAUUUUUAGGACUUCCUUACAGUGUAUGUUCUCAGUGAUAUGAAUUACUGCACAUUUAAAUUUGCUGUUGGCAAAAACUUGGUUCCUGCUUUUGACGAGGUUUCUCGUGAUCACUUAUUUAACAACCUUAAGUCUUGAGAAGGAAGUUUUUUGCUUUGAAAAAGUUUAAGAAAAGUAUUGAACAGACCUCUCCCACAUUCCUGUGAGCAAGGGCACCAACUUGAGGGUUGGGUGGACAAAGUACAGUGAUUCGUAUAAAAUUACAUGUAUCCACCUCAUUUCUAAAUAAUUAUGUGUGCUCCAGGGGCGGAUUUAGGGGGAGGGUGCAGGGGGUGCGCACCCCCCCCCCACCCCCCUUGGAUGACCUGCGGUUUUCUAAUACAACUGGUAUUCAGCAAAAAAAAAACUAUGUGGUUUAUUGGUGUUGAAGUAGAGCAAGAGACGAGUGCACCCCCUCCUAAAAAAAAUCCUGGAUCCGCCCCUGUGCUCACUGGAGCAGAAUGUGGGAAAGGUCUAUUUCAUAUUCAAAAGUUCGUAAGGAACCCUGGAAGUUGUACAUUGUUGCAUGUACAUGUAUGCAGAACAUUAUUUGUAUGUCUAGUAUGUAUUGCAAAAACGUUUCUCUUUCAAUUUGUUUAGACUGUGGGGCUGGUAUUGGUCGUGUGACAAAAAACUUGCUGUUGCCAUUAUUUGACACAGUGGAUAUGGUGGAGCAGAACCCUGAUUUUUUGGAAAAAGCAAAAGAUUAUCUAGUAAGUUAGCAGGUCAGCUUUAGAUCUGUAACUCAUCUGUCAUGCCAUCAGUCAUAGGUGGAAAUACAAAAUUAAUUAAUGUGAUCUUGACAUCUCGGAAGUCUUGGAGUGAUAAGACAUUUUUAGCUUUUUCUCACAAUUCCUGGGAUUUUUCUAACAUGGGACUUGGCAUUUCCUGCAAGACUUACAUUUUGUUAUUGGCCUCCCUUAUGAGUUCAUUUCAUCUAUGUUUUCCUUUUAUCUAUGUUUUCCUUUUUUAUUUUUCGGUUUAUUUUUUCAACAACAAAAUUAGUCAAGAAUAUUAUCAAUAAAGUAUUCCGUGAGCCUAUGUUGGAUACAAGUCAGCCAUAACAACUUAUACUCUAAGUUUGAUCUACAUAGUACUCAUUACUGUCAUUACUCCCAUUGCCAACACAUCUGUUAAUGACCACAUCACCAGCUCUAGUUGUGCCGAGACACCCACAACUAGAAACUGCAGGGUGUUUAUUAGGCAUCAGAAAUAGGAGAAUUCUCCGUUUACUACGCAGAUUUCUUCGGCUUACAUUCGGUAGCCUACAGCUUUAUGGCUAUUUUUUAUUCAGACAUGGUGCCUUUUUCAGAAUAUUCUACACCUUUCUCCCGCUACUAGAAUUCUUGAUGAAAACCCUGAAGCUGAGCCCGGUAUACAUUGCUUUUUUGUUAUAUAUUUUUAGGGAGAAAAAAAGGAUAGAAUAGGACACUUUUAUUCAACUGGACUGCAGGUAAAGUAGUUAGUUCUAAUUUUUACAAUCUUAUUUAAUUCUGAUCAUCUUUGCACAUGUACAGAGUAAAUGUACAUGUAGCACAAAGUUUGUUUAAGGAUGAUGUUCUUAAGAUUAUGCACCCGUACCUUAUAGUUAUUAUUACAAUAAUUAUUAUUAUCAUAUGUAAUAAUUUUUGUAUUGUCUUGAGAAUUCUCAGGGCUAUGCUCUAACAACACCUGGUAUCCCCUGGUGACUUAAACUUUUACUUUAUUAAAUUUCGGAACUUCAACAAGAUUCGAACCCAUGGCCUCUGGAAUAUGUAUAAGAUGUAUGAUGUAUGAAAGCACCUUGAUUUAUUAAUAAACAAUGAAUGUGACCAGGAUGUGUGAAGUCUCUCUGUGUGCUAUUAGCCCAAAACAGGCCUGGUGUAGAGGUAAAUUAGUGAGGGAAUGGCCCCACCCCAGGAAGUGCUAAGUUCUUUGAAACAUCAUUCCCUCAUUUUAAGAACUAUUUUAUCCAAAUCGGCUGUUGUUAUCUUUAUAAUAGACAACAAUUUAAAACGUUUGAUCCCAUUAAUUUUACUCUGUCUUCAGGGUUCUCUUUCCAAAAUGCGUGGCCCAUAAAAAUAGAAGGUGUAUAUACUUUAUUACUUUCCAUGUAUCCAUUCAUUUCCUUGAUCGGAUUGGAUCACAACUUGUGUAUUUUUUAAAACUUAUUUUAUUUUAGUAAUUUUUCAAGCAGUUGCAGGUGGUAAGAAGUGUUGUCUCAGCCAGUAAAUUUAACCGGUUACCGUCUGAUAAGGAGAACAAUGGUGUUUUGCUGUUCGUGCUUUGUUUUUAGACAGUGGUUCAGCUAUUUUCUCUAGCUCUAUUUAAACAAUGAUGCUUCCAUGCCUUCUACUGUCCCUUUUUUGAACAGUUUUUAUCUGUAGAUGUAAUCCCUCUUUGAGGAUAAUACCUGCCCACAUUUCCAAAUAUGGUCAACAGUUUUAAGUCAUGAAAAUUAGCCAACCAGAAAUGGCGAAAUUAUUUUGAAUGAAUAAUUUUGUGAUCAUUUAUUUUAAACUUUAUGUUUGUGUUAAUGUAGGAUUUUAAGCCUGAGGGAGGGAGGUACAGUGUCAUUUGGACCCAGUGGGUUUUAGGACACUUGACAGAUGGUGAGUCAUUUUUUUGAUAAUUUUAAUUCUUAACAUAAUAGAGUUCUAAAGUGGUGUUGUCAUAAAAAUUACAUUUGUGAAAUUAUGGGAUUUGUCAAGAUAUUCUGAAAGAACAACGUCCAUGAUGCCUACGUGCCAAAAAUUAGCAUUUCGGGGCAAAUUGUCUCUGAGGUAUUAGCCUAGUUAUGCUGUGAUGACUCCAUACAAAUCCUUCUAAAUUUGACUUGGGUGGAAACGUUUAGACCCAAGCACUUUGAUGGAGUCAUCAAAUAACUGGGGUAAUAUCUCAGAAACAAUUUGCCCCACAAAUGUGCUAAGUUUUGGCAAUUAGACAUCUUGGACGUUGUUCUUUCAGAAUAUCUUGACAAAUCCCAUAAUUUCACAAAUUUAAUAUUAUUUUUUGUGACAUCACACUUUAGUACUCUAUAAACACAUGCAUGAAGAAUAACACUGAUACACUCUCACUGCAUUCAACAUAGGAGAAUGCAAUUUCCAACCUUGGGCAUUGUGUGGUUGUUGGGGAUCCUGUGGUAUUUAGUGCUGACCUGUAAGAAGUUUGCAUUUUUGUUUGCCUUUUCAGCACUAUAUAUAUUUUUUUAUUCAGUGAGAUGCAAAUGAGCAUGAGGUGUUUUUCUGCACUCCUGUACCCAUGUAUGUGUCCCAGACCCCAGAUUGCACUAGAAACCAUACCCCAUUCUGUCACACAGGUAAAAUCUAUACACAAUUUUAGACCAAAAGAAUUGAAAAACCAUACUCUCUCACACUGCAGUGUAUAAAUGCUUCAUCCAGUUUAUCAGGUGGUUUAUAUAUUAGUGACGUACCCUCUCCCCCAGGGGAUUCUGCCUCAAUUCCCUCCACUUGCAUAGAAAUUAAAGAAUUUUUCUACUCAACAAGCAACACUAUAGGGAAACAGUGCAAGGGAAAUGGCUUGGAAUGAUCCAACAAUUUUGUUACUGAGUUUGUGAGAAUUGUGACUGUGUUCCUUGUCCUCUUACUAACUUACUACACUCGGUAUGGAAUCAAAGUCAGCAGUUACUGGCACCUUGCAAAUGACUUCCUGCAUUUACAAACCCAAGCAAAACUGACAAUGAUAGAAUGACUAUAAAACCAACAAUUUAACUUAUAAUAAAACAACUGUCAUAACUGUGACACAAGUUGGAUUGAAAUAAACCAAUCAAUUCAAAUUUACACUCUCAUAGCCACUAACGUCACAGCUUAACUGUCAGACGACCAAUAACAUCGGAACUUCAUGAACCAAUCAGGUCAACAACCAGAGUUAAAUAACUAUCAACUGACCCGAUACAAAGCACUUUGACUCUGAAGAUGACUACUGCACAAGUUGUCAGAACCUUAGCUACUGUCAACAACAUUCCUAUUGAGGACUGCACUCAGCUGGACAAUUAUUAUAGUCCACCUAUUUAUGUAAUUGUUCUUUUCUGAACAGGCGACUUUGUAGACUUUUUCAUGCGUUGCCAAUCUGGGCUGUCACCUGGUGGUUUGAUAUGUGUCAAAGAAAACAUCACAAAGAGUGGAGUAGAUCUGGACUCAGAGGACAGUAGUGUCACAAGGUCUGGUGAACUUUUGUGUACUAAGUUAUGUUAAGUAACUGUCCAAAAUUAAAUUUUGUGAAAAACGACAGGUAUUAUUUUAAAAAUCAUGGUUAAUGGUAGGUUGCAUUGCAGGUACUUUAUGAGCAAGUAAGGUAAACAGGGCAUUGCAUGAAGCACAAGAUGAGCACAAAGAGUGAUGCCCGAAUUGCAAAGUGCCUUUCGGGCAGGCUAAGUAAAAUACAAAAAAGUGCUCAGAAUAAGGGGUUACAUUUGACUCAACUGAUUAUGCCACACAUUAGUUUAUUAUAUUUAUAGUCUUAAGUUAGGAAAAGAGCUCAUGGGGAUGAGACCCCAUGGUUUAAACUUGAGCUUCCUCACAAUAAAUACCUAAUUCUCAUACAUGUAUAUGCACAUAAUUAUGCGAUGUAUGAAAAAAAAAAGGUAUUUUCUGGCAAAAUAGAUAAACUGAAACUGAAGUUGGAGUUAUGUCUUAGUUUCAGCAACAANAGGUCAACAACCAGAGUUAAAUAACUAUCAACUGACCCGAUACAAAGCACUUUGACUCUGAAGAUGACUACUGCACAAGUUGUCAGAACCUUAGCUACUGUCAACAACAUUCCUAUUGAGGACUGCACUCAGCUGGACAAUUAUUAUAGUCCACCUAUUUAUGUAAUUGUUCUUUUCUGAACAGGCGACUUUGUAGACUUUUUCAUGCGUUGCCAAUCUGGGCUGUCACCUGGUGGUUUGAUAUGUGUCAAAGAAAACAUCACAAAGAGUGGAGUAGAUCUGGACUCAGAGGACAGUAGUGUCACAAGGUCUGGUGAACUUUUGUGUACUAAGUUAUGUUAA